AUGGACUCGACCAUGGACCUCAUCGUCCACUACCAUGGCACCCCGCACAGCUUUCAACUCUCUGCCUCGGCAACAUUACAAGAUCUCUCCGCAGAGAUAGAAUCUGCCCUCAACAUUCCCACGGAGAACCAGAAGCUCCUCAUAGCCCCCAAACCUGGCAUGCAAAAGGCGCCCUUCCCACCAACUCAACUCACAACCCUCCUCCCCCUCGACUCGCCCAAAUUCAAAAUCACCCUCCUCGGCACCCCAGCGAAAGCCAUCGCAGACCUCCACGAACAAUCCGAAUCCAUACGCAAACGCCAGGAAGCACGCGCCUCCGCACUCGCCGCUGCCCGGCGCGCAAAUCACAAACCAUCCCCAUCCAACCGCGGUGGCAUCCACACACUCUCCUCCUCAUCCGCCAACUACACCUUCCACCGCCUCCUCCCACUCUCCUACCUCCCACGCCCAGAGCGCUCCCUCGAAUUCCUCAAACGCCUCCGCGACGACCCCGGCAUCCGCGCAGCAAUGGCCAAACACAAAUUCUCCGUCCCGCUCCUUACAGAAAUGAACCCAGCCGAGCACACGACCAGCGAGUCGCGCACGCUCGGCCUAAACCGCAACAAAGGCGAGGUCAUCGAGUUGCGUCUACGCACCGACGCCUACGAUGGAUACCGCGAUUACCGGACUAUUCGGAAGACGCUGUGCCACGAGCUGGCGCAUUGCGUGUUUGGCCCGCAUGAUCGCGACUUUUGGGAUUUGACGGCGCAGAUUGAGCGAGAGGUGGAGCGGGCGGAUUGGAAGUCUGGGGGUAAUCGGUUGACGGAGCAGGACUUUUAUGAUCCGGGGGAUUGGGAGAGGGUGCAGAGUGGGGAGGAGGUGAUUGAUGAGCAGGGGUGGACGGGUGGAGAGUUUGUGUUGGGUGGAUUGGGGGUGGAUGAGGCGGGACGGAGUGCUGGAGGUGGAAAUGGGUCUGGGUCUGGGUCUGGGACGGCGACGGGGUCGUUGUCCAGGAGGGAGAUUCUGGCUAGGGCUGCGGAGGGGAGGAUGCGGAGGGAGAGUCCGAAGGAGAAGCAGGAUGAUGCUUGA